AUGGCCCCCGGCACCAAAAAGCCCGGCACAAAAACCCAACCCACACAGCCCGCGCAGCGCACAAUCUCCAGCUUCUUCACGCCCAAAGCCGCCCCCAAGAAGCCCAAGGAACCAUCACCAUCACCGCCACCAUCCCCCGAGCCAGAGGAAUCGCCAGAAGAAGACUCCGACAAAGACCCCGCCUACUCCGAGCCCGAGCCCGAAGCAGCACUCCCGGCCCCAACCCGCCCGAAUCCGCGCACCCGCACCCGCAGAGCACCAUUGAAGCGUGUGCUGCCCUCCGACGACGAUGACGACGGCAGCGACGGGCAAGUGGCUGCAGUGGAGGAGGCGGAGGCGGACGAUGAGAGGGAGUGUACGGUUCUUGUUGUGCCUGCUGCUGCUACGCCGGGGGGGAAGAAGGCGGUGUCGGCGAGGACGUCAAAGUACCGGUUUGGGUCUCGGAAGGACGAGGGGGGGGAGAGGAUGCAGGUUGAUGGAGAGGAGGAGGAGGAGGAGGAGGAGGACGGGGGGAGGAGGACGAGGCGGCGAAGAGACGGAAGGCGCAGCUGCAUCGGCGAAGGCGGCGAGGAGCAGGAAGAACCGCCGGAAGACGACUCAGACGACUCCCCAGGCCCCAUCGCAAAGAAAUUCGGCAAAGGCAGCAAGCCCACCACCGCCGGCGGAGCAAAAGGCAAAGGCAAAGCCCGCACAAAACUGACACCGCUCGAGCAGCAAGUCGUCGCCAUCAAGCGCCAGCACCCCGACACGCUCCUCCUCGUCGAGGUAGGCUACAAAUACCGCUUCUUCGGGUCCGACGCGCGCACCGCCAGCGCCGCCCUCAGCAUCAUGUGCAUACCCGGCAAGCUGCGCUUCGACGAGCACCCGUCCGAGGCACACCUGGAGCGCUUCGCGUCGGCGAGCAUCCCAGUGCCGCGCCUGCACGUGCACGUCAAGCGCCUUGUCGCCGCCGGCCACAAAGUCGGCAUCGUGCGGCAGCGCGAGACGGCCGCGCUGAAGGCCGCAGGCGAUAACAGGAACGCGCCGUUCGUGCGCGAGCUCGCGGAGCUUGGGAGCGGCAGCGCGCCGAAUACCGGGUAUCUGCUGUGCAUCACGGAGAAGCCUGGCGGCGGGACAGGCACGGACGAGAAGUCGCAUGUUGGGAUUGUGGCCGUGCAGCCGGCCACGGGCGACGUGAUCUACGACGAGUUUGACGACGGCUUCACGCGCAGCGAGAUCGAGACGCGGCUGCUGCACAUUGCGCCGUGCGAGCUGCUGGUGGUGGGGGAGCUCACGCGGGCCACAGAGAAGAUCGUCACGCACCUUGCGGGCAGCACGACGAGCGUGUUUGGCGACGCCGUGCGCAUCGAGCGGGUCCCGCGCAGCGAGAAGAAGGGUGCCGCCAUCGCGGACGCCAACGCGCACGUGGCGGCCUUCUACGCCGACAAGCUGAAGGCGCGGGGCGGGGCAGACGCGGAGGCGAAUAAGCGCCUGGACGAGGUGAUGGGGCUGUCGGACCUGGUGACGGUGUGUCUGUCGGCCAUGAUCACGCAUCUGGCGGCGUAUGGGCUCGAGCAUGUGUUUGACCUGACAAAGUACUUUGCGCCGUUCAGUGCGCGCAGCCAUAUGCACCUCAACGCAAACACGCUGGCCUCGCUCGAGAUCUACAGGAACCAGACGGACAACAGUACGCACGCGUCGCUGUUCUGGGCGCUCGACCGCACAAAGACGAAGCCGGGCCGGCGGCUGCUGCGGAAGUGGGUGGGGCGGCCGCUGUUGCAGCAGGAGGCGCUGGAGGCGCGGAUUGCCGCCGUCGAGGAGAUAUUGGCGGGGAGGAAUGGGAAGCUGGACCGCAUACGGGAGCUGCUGAGCCGUGUGGGGACGGACCUCGAGAAGGGGCUCAUCAGGAUCUACUAUGGCAAGUGCACGCGGCCCGAGCUGCUGUCGACGCUGCUGGCGCUGGAGAGGAUCGCGGGCGUGUUUGAGGCGGUGGAGAGCGCGGAGGAGGUGGGCUUUGGGAGUCGGCUGUUGAAUGAGGCCGUGGCGGCGCUGCCGAGGGUGAAGGGGGUGGUGGGGGAGUUCUUGGGGAUGCUGAACCAUCAGGCGGCGGCGAAGGAUGAUCGGUAUUCGUUCUUCAAGGACGAGAGCGGGUAUGAGGAUAUUGUGGAGUAUAAGCUGGGCAUCGCGGCGGUGGAGGCAGAGCUGAAGGAGCAACUCAAGGAGAUUGCAAAGACGCUGAAGAAGCCGAAGGCGACAUAUGUCUCGGUGUCUGGCGUGGAGUACCUCAUCGAAGUCCCCAACGACAAACCCUCCCUCUCCCUCGUCCCCGCCACCUGGGCAAAACUCAACGGCACCAAGCGCGUCUCCCGCUUCCACACGCCCACCACCACGCGCCUCCUUCGCGAACGCGACCAACACAAAGAAUCCCUCACCGCGGCCUGCAACACCGCCUACGCCUCCCUCCUCGGCCAAAUCGCCGCACACUACCACCCCCUCCGCGACACCCUCACCGCCCUCGCAACCCUCGACUGCCUCUUCUCCCUCGCCACCGUCGCCGCCCAACCAGGCUACUGCAAGCCCACCUUCACCACCACCCCCACCAUCAACCUCGUCGCCGCCCGCCACCCCAUGAUCGAGAAGCUCCUCUCCGCGCCGUACAUCCCCACCACCACCGCCCUCUCCACCGACGCCACGCGCGCACUCAUCAUCACAGGCCCCAACAUGGGCGGCAAGUCCUCCUACCUGCGCCUCCUCGCGCUCGUAACGAUAAUGGCGCAGAUCGGCUCGUAUGUGCCGGCGACCGAGGCGCGGCUGGGCAUCGUGGACGGCGUGUACACGCGCAUGGGCGCAAGGGAUAACAUGAUGAAUGCGGAGAGCACGUUCAUGGUGGAGCUGACGGAGACGGCGGCGAUCCUGCGGUGCGCCACGAGGCGGAGUCUGGUCGUGCUGGAUGAGCUUGGCAGGGGCACGAGUACGUGUGAUGGUGUGGCGAUUGCGGGCGCGGUGCUGGAGUAUGUGCUGGGUGUGGGGUGUCUGUGUCUGUUUGCGACGCAUUAUGCAGCGCUGGCGGGGAGGGCGGGGAAGGGGGAGGGCGUGGGGGCGAGGUAUAUGAAGUUUUCAGAGGCGGGCGGCGGCAGCGACGACAUCACGUUCCUCUACGAGCUCGGCGAGGGCGUGGCUACUCGUAGUUACGGGCUCAAUGUUGCGAGGCUCGCGGGGCUGCCGGAGAGGUGCUUGGCCGUGGCUAAGCAGAAGUCGGCGCUGUUGGAGGCGGAGAUGAAGGAGAGGGAGUGUAUGGGCUGGGCGAAAGCGGUGCUCGCGGCGGUGAACGGGGAGGGGUUCGAUGCGGAGAGGCUGCUGGGGGCGGUGGAGUAUUUGUAG